AUGCAUACGGGGCCUAUUAGUGCCAAUGCAGCAACCCGCAAUAGCCAUAGAAGGCUGCUCAUACCGCUUCCUUCUAACUCUUUUUUACCUCCGCUGCUCUCUCAAAAUUGUCUCCAAGCUUUUGUUGCUAUGCGCCACGUCAAUAUAACACCUAUUUAUAGCGUUUCUCCCUGCAGUGAUAAGGUGCUUCAGGUUUGUACUGAGCCGUGCGUUUCAUGCACACUACGUCACGUAAUCGACGAGCUUUCGUUUUUGGAGAGUGAAUGUGGCAUUAGGCUGGCAGCAUCCAUUUUUGUCGGGGCCUUGGAAGCAUUGGCUUAUUUAGCUUGUCUCAGUAGAGUGUGGGGACUAGAGUUAGACAUUCAGAAUAUAAAUUGGCUGGAUAUGUUAUGCGUAGAUGACAGAGGGCAGUGGAAAAUAAUUGCCCAUAAGAUGAGUUCUUAUCGGGGUGGUCACAAGCCAUGCAAUAGCAUAUCAGGCACACAUACGCCUUCUAAUAACUUUCGUACUUGUGAUGAAAUAGCCCACAUGUGUUUACCCGGUAUGCAGUCACUGGGACUUAUUAUAUUGAAUUUACUAGUUGCUGGGUCUCGCAUUGACCUAGAGGAAAGUAUAACGCUACGAAGUUGGAAUAAACUUCAAACGGAUAUUGCAUGCUCCCGAAACAAACACGAGAUUCCUGACCUAAGGCUUUUCAUUGAUACGCUCAGUAUCAUAUGGGACGAAAACUUCAACCAGCCUGUACAUCCAUAUCACAUACUCACGCGCCUUCUGCCCAUUCUUCAGACAUACAUGAAAGACGAAUCUACUAAAAGCGGAGCAGUGGACCCUGAACACAGAAGAAAAUCAAAAUACUCUCCGCUUAUGCUCGGUGUCUUAUCCAAAGACUAUGAGCUCGUGCAAAGACACAUUUCGUAUGCAGGUUGUAGAACAGCAUCAGGAAUGACAGCCCUUAUGAUGGCGGCAAGAGACAAUUUUGUAGAAGCCGUACAGAUUCUACUUCCCCAUGAAGCACACUAUAAAACGUUUUUAGGGACUAGAUUUGAGAGUAGAACAGCACUGAUGUUCGCAACCCACAACCGCAACUACGACUCCAUGCAUAUACUCUAUGAGCAAGAAGCUGGAAUCGCUAAUGUCUAUGGGGCCACAUCCUUAAUGCGUGCAGCUCAAAAUGGAGAUUGUGUAGCAGUUGAGAUACUCAUGAAGCGCGAAGCAGGAAUGGCUAACUACACAGGGUUUACGGCACUGAUGAAUGGAGCCACAAAAGGCUUCACCAAAAUUGUAAGUUUGCUGCUCCCAUUUGAAGCAGGAGGAGUUACAAAUGAUAAGCACGAAUGGGGAAAGGGCCAUUCUGCCCUUUCGCUGGCGGCAAUGAAUGCUAACAAAGAGGUAGUUUUGUUGUUAUAUGAAGUUGAGCGACAGUUACUUAAGUCUCGGUGCAUAUUAACAUCCGGAAAAACAGUGAUAGAGGAGCUUAUUGAAGGAAAGUAG